CUCGCCGGCUUUUCGUAAAGUUUUUCGGGCGGUACAACGUGCGCGCCCCCACAUUCCAUCUCCCUCUCUCUUUGCCCCGGCCCAGCCUUUCCGGCGGCUAUGUAUACGGCCCUGACCCGUGCUCCUCUGCCCGUGCCACCAGUGUUUUGACUGCCCCCCUCUCCCCCUGCUCCUCCUCAUCUUGCACCUCCUGCUCCUUCUUCUUCGGCUUGUCACUAGCUGCGAGAUGGAGGCGCAAGAUGACUGCGGAAUGUGGCGCCAAAUCCCGGCGUUCGGCGACUGGAACAUGUGGGAGGAGAUGCCCGUCACCCAGUACUUCGAGCCGGCGGCCACCUUCUUCUUCACGGCGCAGGCAGGGGAAGACGACGUCGACCUCUUCAAGGUGCCCCACUUCGCCGCCAACCCCUACACCUACAAGAAGUGCGUCGUCCGAGUGAAGAAGGGGGAGGAGAACGAGAAGCAGAACGCAAACUCCGGUGCCGGUGCUGUGCCCGGGAGGAGGAAGAAGGGGGGCAGGAAGCAGCAGCAGCAGCAGCAGCAAGGGAAGAAGGAUCAGCAGCAGAGGAGGAAGAAGCCCAAGGCCAAGGCUGCGGCGGCGGCGGCGGUGGACGAGGACCUCUACAAGAUCUCCCCCAACGUCAUCUGCAAGGUGCAGAAGAAGAAGUUGCUGAGGAACCUGCUGGGAGGGUGCCUGGGCCUCAACUGCAUCGCCUGAAUCAAACAAUAAUAUCCGAGACUUCUUAUCCAGAGUUCCAGAGUUUGGUGUUAUUAGGAAAACUAAGAUCGGUCGAGUUGUGUUUGUGUAUGUACAUCGUCUACUGCUGCUCCUACUACGAUAAUAUAUGGAAGUAAUGGAAACCAA